AUCUGUCAAAUGAAAUGAAAAUUCUUCGGAAACGAGACAAAGUUGAAAUUGUACAGUAAAUUAGUUAAAAUCACCUGUUUAUACGUGGUCGCAGAUUGGUAUUCUUUCUAGAAUUAACUUUAUGUGUCGUGGCUCUCGCCGGUAUGAGUUCUGGUCGAGAGGAUUAUAUUUUUGAGCCGUUUAAGGUUACAGAAGUUAGAUGUCGGGGUACAGAGAUUCCAAGGCCUCGUAGUGGACACAGAAUAUCGUGUGAUGAUGUGAAUAUCUACUGUUUCGGGGGGUAUAACCCAAACCCUUCAUUGUCGUUGGUUGGGCAAGUAGAGAACCCGACGUGGACGCCGGCUCGGCCGCUGUUUCGAGAGCUUUGGAGCUUCCAUAUAGCGAGUCGGCAGUGGAAACAGCACAGGGUUGUGGAGAAUAUGCCAGAAGAGCUCGCGUCUAACGCCAUGUGCAUGAAUGGCCGAUAUUUGAUGAUAUUUGGUGGGACUGGGGCUCCAUUUGGCAAUAAAUGUAGCAAUGACGUGAUUACUUGGCGCACAUGUCCUGGUGAUGCUAAACUGGAGAUCCUGCAGGCUAAGGGGACCAGACCCGCUGGUCAGUAUGGACAGGCAAUACUCUGCUAUGACGGACACUUCUACACUAUAGGAGGAACCAAUGGAUUUGCAUACAACUGUGAUAUUUAUAGGUUAGAUCUUCGAACAUUAGUAUGGGAACCAGUAUUUGUGGGAACAGGGCAGGAAGGAGAGCCAAUAGGUAGAUAUCGGCAUGAGAUAGCCCGGGUUGGAGACAAGCUGUAUAUUAUUGGAGGUGGCACCGGAGAGUGGGCAUUUGAACUCAUGGAAAUACCAAUGUUUGAUCUCGAUACUAAAACCUGGACCAUACUAAUGCCAAAAGCUGAUGACACACUGAAGGAGGCGAUAGGACCUCUGCCAAGGAAGUGUCAUAGUGCAGUGCAAAUUGAUACCCCAAACGGUGCACAAGUGUUUGUUGCUGGUGGCUCAGACGGACAAUCAGUGUUUGAAGACGUGUGGAGAUUGAAUGUGCCGACUUUACAGUGGCAUCUCAUGCAAAAAACGGUGUUGCCAAAUCCAUUGUAUUUCCAUUCGUCAACGGUUACCUCUGAUGGGUGUAUGUACAUGUUUGGGGGCAUUGAGCCCAAAGAACGAUCUACAAGUAGGAAUAAUAUUUUAUACAAAGUGUGGCUGUGUGUACCGAAAUUGAGUGAGAUUUGUUUGGAGGCCUUACUCCACUUUCAUCCAUACUUAGACCACGUAGAUAGAAGAACUCUUUUAAAUAUCGGAAUACCUAUUCACAUGGUGGACAGAAUACACCGUAAGUGAGUUGAGUUAAUUUACUAUGAAUUAUAUCUAGUGUAUGCUCUUUUUUGCAUUUAGUAAUAUUGUGUUCUGUAAUAUUAUUCUGAAGCAAGCAUAAUUUAUAUUCAUAUAAGAAAGUAAUUAUAUAUAUUUGUAAUAUAAACCGAAAUAUUGUUGACUAAAACAGUUGGAGUGAAUAUAACAACAAUUAAUUUUAUUUAUCAUUUUUUAAUUUAUAUUGUAAUAUAAAAUUUUUAGUAAAUAAAAAAGUGCUCUACAGAA